CCCCGGUCUGUACAUCUUGAUUGUAGUAUUGAUAUCGGUAGUUCAUUAGCUUUUGGACAGCAAUGAAUGUUCUAUGAUUUCCAGUCCUCUGAUCCAUCCAACAAUGCCCCUCCUAAAAGAAGUUAUGCUUCAACAAAGGUGAAGCAACUGGACAAUUGGAAGAAGUUGAGGUCUGUCCUUGUUGAUGCCUUUUUGGAAUCCCUUGCCCCAAGUUCUUGUUGUUCUGUGUGCAGAGUUGAAUUUUCCGGCAGCAAGGUCUUCCAUUGUGAGGAUUGUCUACCACCAAAAUAUUUCUGCAAAAGCUGUCUUGAUGUUACCCACAGACAACAACCUUUUCACAGAGUCUAUACUUGGAAGGAAAAAGCUUGGGUUCCAUAUUCUGCAACUAUAUAUCUUCGGGAUGAUGAACGUCAUAAGGAAUGUUUGGAAUCCUAUAACAAGCAUGUGAUUGUUGUCGACUCCAAAGGACGCCACCACACCGUUGUUGUCAAAUUCUGCAAAUGCGAGGAGGAGCCGACAACACUUAUCCGCCUCUGUCUUUGGCCAGCUUCUCCAAAAAAUCCAAAGAUCUGCUUUGAUUUCCAUCUGAUGGAAAUGCUUCGAGUCCUGUAUCUUCAAGUUCCAGUCCCUGUGUUUGAUUUUUGUGAGUCACUGAAGUAUAUACAUCAUCCUUAUGUUGAAGUAAAUGAUCCGUUUUUGCAGGAUAUCUACAAGGUUCUCAUUAAUGAAACUUUCGAAGAAUACCGUUUCUUUAUUCAUCAGUUGGAGGUUAUGUCGGCUCCUGAGGAUAUAAAAUGUCCUGCGUGUCCAGUGAAGGAUGAAUAUCAAAGAAUUAUAUCAAUGGAUGCAAACUUUGGAUUGGUGCGAAAGAAGACAUCAGGGAGAAGUGUUGAGGAACCAAAGCACAGUGGGGUGUACUUUGUCGACCAGAAUGAAGUGGACCAAUUUUUGAAAGAGAAUUCAAAAACCCAACCUCCAAAAACUCAGGAAUUUCUGGAAAGGAAACCCUAAUGCAGGAGCUACAAAGGCAUUGUACAGAACGGAAAGUCCUUAUCGAGAUGAUGAAGAAAUAUGCCACUGGACAGGCCAUUGCCGUCAAGCUAAGCAAGAGUAUCUCCAAGACAACAUCUACUGUGAAGAAACUGCUGGGGACAUACAACACCAAUGCCGACCAACCACCCCUUGCUUUUGAAGAUGCAGUCCAGUUCCGAUUCCCAGGUGCAUCAAUAGAAUCAAGGACUCAACGUCAGGCUGGAACCUUACUUUGUCUUAAGGAGAGGGCAGAAGAGGAAACUGAGCUCUUACAAAAAGAAAUGAAAAAUGUUUCCAGAUACUACUGUAGCAAACAUGCUCAACUUGUCUCUGCAUUGCCUAUUGGAGACUGUCCUACAAACCUUGAACUCGGAGUAUCUUCAUUCGUAAUGGCUGAGAUUGUAGACAUCGAGAAGCGUCUACAUGUCUUUAACACGCAUUGUAAAAAAUAUGUCAGCUUGCAAAUGCCUGAGGUUUCGUAUAUGAACAAUUUGCAGUUUACAAUUUGCAGUUUACAAUUGGAAAUCAAUCUGUAUUCUCUGAGGAGGAAAUCUGUGAAAUCACAGAAAAUGUGUGCAGAUUUGAGGCAGAACAGGAGAUCAGUGACUAUAUGGAAAAUUCGCCAUUGCAUGAUGCUGAAAGUUGGUUAGCCUCUGACGUUGAAGAUGGAGAUGAUAACACAGUUGCAGAAUCUGAUGAUGACAAUGCUGACCCAGAUGUGAUAUAACUUUUGACUGACUUUACUUGCUUUCUGGGUCAGUUUGGUUAUUGUAGUGCCUGAUUAAGUGUACUUCAAAUAGGUGAAAUUUUACCGCUGGCCAUAUUUGUUGAUUUACCAAAUUGUUAAAGCGGCACUCUAUGGAAUACAUGUAGGUUUUAAUCUCACGUCACCCGACGCCAAAUGUACAGUGAAAUGUACAUAGCAUAUCCCGAGUACACAGUCUAACGAGUGCUCGCUAUUACACUGACCUCGCAAAAGUAUCUGUGUUUAACUUGCUCAAAAACCAUCUUAUCGGUAAUUAUAUUCACCGAAACUUCGUAGACAAUCAUAGAACAUGUAUCUACGUACGUCUACUCUGUGCGUUUGAAAACAAUCUGAGAUCAUGGGAUUGUUUUAUGGCAAGCAGAAGUUGGACAAUAUAGUAAAACCUACAUGUAUUCCAUAGAUUGCCGCUUUAAAUAUGUGUACGUUGAAUCUCUAUAGAGGUUCUUGGGAUUGUUCCUUCACACUCCCUCUUUUCCUUCUUCCUGUUAGUAUUUAACCAGCUCCCCAAUUUCAUCAUAAAUACAUGUACUCAGAAGCAGUUUGUGUAAUAACAGCAUAAUAUAGAUACAGAGUAUUAAACCAAAGCAUUUUAAAGUCAUUAACCUUUAAUUGAGCUUGUUAAAAAUUGUUUUGCUGAAUGUUACAACACAGGAACGGGUGUGUCAAGAAUUGGGAACAGCUGCCCUUUGCCAAUUCUAUGAGUUAUCUGUUGGUGUCCCACUAACCCACCAAGUGAAAGUAAAGCUCACAUACAACAUGUACAUGUAAAUUAUUGAUUAA